AUGCGUGUUUCUCGCGCACCUCUCCAGAAAGCACACGCUGUCAAGAAGGCCACUGCUCGCACUAUAGCACAAACCACAAAACAUACAACAUUUGCCCUGAAAAACAAGAAUAUAAUCACUGAUACUGUCCGCGACACAAUCUGCGAGCUCGUAGCAACACACGACGUACCAGUAUCGAGUGUUCGAGGUGUCUUUGGUGUCAUCGCAGAUUGCCUCGGUAUUGCUGUUGAAGGAGAUGUUAGUACUCGCAGCAUUGGCCGUGUGCUGCAGGAGGCAGACGUUGCAGCAAAUGUGCAGAUGGUAGAUGAAAUGAUGGAAGUAGAUGGCGUUACGUUGAGUGGUGAUGGCACGAGUCACAAAAACGUCAACUACCAAUCACACCACAUCACGUAUACCUCCCAUGAUGGCAAGGGAGUCACGCGCUUUGCGGGAAUCCAGCAUGAAGUCAAUCAUACCAGCGAAACGCAGCUGCAAGGCUGGAAGGAUGUGCUACAUGAGAUGUGUGACACGUACAAUACAUGCAUGGCUGGCGAGAAAGCUGUAGCGGACCCGAGGGAGGUUGUCAGCAAGGUGAAGGGAAUGUUGACGGAUCAUGCAGAGGAC